GCUUGCUACUUUAGUCCUCGUCCCAAUAAUACUGAAGUCCUUGCCUGCCUUACCCUCACAGAACGGAGACUUUCCUCCUUCAACAAAGUAUCUUCCUCAUUCCUCCUUUACUUCUCCGCCCUACCUCCUCCGCCAACCUCCCUUCUACCUCCUUUCUAGCUAUAACAACACCACUAUCGCAUCAUGGGCGACACCGGAGCUGCUGCUUUUGGCGGUGGCGCAACUAGCGGCCUAGACAAGGGAAAGGGCAAAGCAGUUGACACCCAUCCAGCUGACGAUGUGAGCAUGGGCGAGGACGAGGAGAGCUCUUCUGAAGAGAGCACCGUUGAGGAUCUGCCAGUCGAGGAUGACGAAGACGAAGACACAGCACAGGACAACCUCGAACCCAUCUCCGCCGACAACAUCAUCAGCGACGGCCGACGCACCCGUGGCAAAAUGAUUGAUUUCGCUGAGGCUGCGAAAAAGGCGCAAGAGGCUGGCGACCCGAUUGACGAUGAGGAUGACGACGAUGGAGAUUUUGAGCUCCAAGAUGAUACCACCACCAACCAGGACGACGAUCAUAUUAUGAGAGAUUGAGAAACGAAAUUAGAAGGUUGUGAGCAAGAGAAAACAAGAAAAUGACGAAACGACAGGAAUAUAGGGUCAUUUGGUUGGGUGUUUUGCGGUAUUUCCUGCUUUUUUACAAAUAAAUAAAGAAGCGAAUGAGAAAAACUUAUGUGCUCAUUUAUCAGCUGAACAAUAUCUCUGCUUGCCCCGUUUCCUCUGAGUUGGAUUAUAGCGUUUUCCCCCUUCCUCUACUCGUUUGAUAUUUGGUGGCUGGGAAAAUGGUUUUGGCAGGCGUGUGAUAUCCCCCCCAUAAAACUAUGUUAUCUAAAAGUCCAAGCAUAUUUGGGUGGUGCACUUAUAUUGUUUUUCCUCCCUCCGGCGUCCCUGAAGCAGAAACAGUCAUGUAAAUGACCAGAGAAAUGAAGUAAUCAGAGAGAGGCGGAAGAUAUAAAAAUCAUCAAAAGAAACCUAAAGCAGUGAAUUUUCGUACAUCGAGGGUUAAGCUUCUCUCUUCCUUCUGGGAUGUCCCAACUCUUUUGUUUCCUCAGCAGAAAAACAAGCGAGAACAAAGGGAAAACAGGGGAAAUUGGGAUAGAUCUUUGCAGUUAUUUUUCAAUAAUCCUGGAAUAAACAAAGCUUUCCUCCUUGACUGUGAUGAAGUGACUUUUUCAAUCAACAAUCUAGAUCUGAACCUGCCACUGUAAUAAGGAGGUUGGAUCAUGAACUCACUCAAUGAUUAUUGACAGACUGUCAUUGUGAACAGGAAGGACACAUCUUAAACACAUUGAUCAUGAAUAAAAGCCACUGUCAAUGGGAUAGAAUGAAUACAAAACACUGUCCUCAACCACAUCAUUUCUGCAGUAUAGAUGUUAGGGCUUCCCAUGUCCGUUUUCGGCCAGAACUCAAAUGCACGUGCCAAGACCCAAAUUUAUCCACUUUUA